UCGCAGGCCGCCGCGGACGCUACCCGAGUAGCGACAGACGGUUUGCCGGUAGCGCGAGCGAGAGAGAGAGAGAUGGCGGAGCAGAAGGCGGGGUCGAAGAGAGUGACGCUGCGGCAGACUUACAGGCAGUACCUGGUCGCCUUAGCAGGCAACCUGGCCACGCUGAGCCUGGGCUGCGCGCUGGCCUGGCCGUCUCCCACCCUGCCCCAGCUGCGCGCAGACCCCUCCCCCAGGCUCAACCUGACGGCCGCCCAGGCCUCCUGGGUGGGCUCGCUGACUCAGUUCGCGGGAGCCGCCGGACCGCUGCCCGCCGCCCUCGCAGUGGCCCGGCUGGGCUGCCGCCCCACCUUCCUGCUCGUGGGGGCGGUGUUCGCGCUGGGCUGGGCGCUGACGGGGGCGGCGCGCGCCGCCUCCACCCUGCUGGUCGCCAGGUUCCUCAUGGGCGCCGGCUUCGGAGCCGUGCUGGUGCUGGUGCCCGCCUACUGCGGCGAGAUUGCCCAGGACGAGAUCCGCGGCCGCCUGGGCUCCUUCCUGCGCAUGCAGCUGUCCCUGGGCUACCUGUUCGCCUACUCCGUGGGGCCGUACGUGUCGUACCUGGCGCUGGUGUUGGCGAGCGCAUGCUUCCCUGCUGCGCUGCUGGUCGCCGCCGUGUUCCUGCCCGAGUCGCCCUACCGCCUGGUGGCCUUCGGGCGGCUCGACGAGGCCCGCGAGGUGCUCUGUUGGCUGCGCCGCUGCGACGACUACGAGGCGCGGCGCCAACUGCAGCUGGUCCAGGAGUUCGUGGAGAAGGCCGGGCGGGAGGAAGGGACAUUCCACGACCUGUUCCACCAGCGAGCCAGCCUCAAGGCCAUGCUGCUCAUGCUGGCGCUCUUCCUGUUCCAACAGCUCAGCGGGAUCGCCGCCAUCACCGUGUACAACGAGACCAUAUUCAGGGAGAGCGGGGGCUCCGUGGACGCGAGCGUGGCUGCCAUCAUCGUCGGCGUGGUGAUGUUCCUGGCGUCGGGCUCCUGCUCGCUGCUGGUGGACCGCCUGGGCAGGCGGCCACUGCUGAUGGCCUCCUCCGCCGGCAUGGCGCUGUCGAUGGCUCUGCUUGGAACAUACUUCUACUGGAAAGCAAUAGGCAGUGACACGUCCUCCGUCGGGUGGCUGCCUGUGACGUCGCUGGUCACGCACAUAAUUGCCUUCAACAUAGGUUUCGGCACGGUGCCUUUCGCCCAGAUGGGGGAGAUGUUCUCGCCGGGCGCGAAGAACAAGGCCUCGACCAUCGUCGCCAUGUGGACCGCGCUGUGCUCGGCGCUGGUGGCGCGCUUCUUCCUGGACCUGGCGGCAGCCCUCGGCACGCACGGCGUCUUCUGGCUGUUCGGGGCGACGGCGCUGGUCGCCGGGGUCUUCACCUUCUUCCUCCUGCCGGAGACCAAGGAGAUACCGCAGCACGUCAUACACCAAAUGCUCGGCAGGCGACCCGCUUCCCGUCGCUCCGAGGACGGCGGUUCGGAACUGCACAAGCUACCGUCGCGUGUCUGAAAGUUGAAAGGACAUUUAUUUGGCAAUCGGCGUUUCGACACAUUCAAUAAUCCGGUGCCAUCCGAGAUGCUCGGAUUCAGGAUUCACUUUUUUUUUUCUCCCCGAGUGGAUUCCGGCCUUUGACCACGGCCGCACAGUCGAGGCUACAUUCACAGCACGCAAACCGCAUACAAAUGGCACGGUUAAACACGCACGGCACAGACGUCGAAACUACAUUCACGCACAACACAGUACAUAGUUCGAAUCAGCCCAACAAAUUUUCCCCUCAUUUAUUUCUGUCAAAAAUUUUUAGUUUGAAUUGUUUGAAUUUUGUCAGCUAUUAUUUACAGAUGCAGUUUUUUUUUCUUCCCUAAAUUCAAACAUUUAAUUUCACAGUUUAGGAAUAAUAAGUUACCAAAGGUUUAAUUUAGCAAAUAAACACCAUUUGACCCGAAAAUUAUGCAACUGUGAAUAUAAUACAACCCCAAUCUUUUUAUCAUGUGUUUAUGAAAAAGAAUUUAUGUAUCAAAAUUUGCAAUUAAAGUGCAUAUAACUUGAAAA